AGAGGUGCUGGGCUGCCAGGCUUCUAGAGCACCAGCAGUGGGCAGAGGCAGGGCUGAGCCAAGGUAGGAGCAGAGUCCACUCAUUCGGAGGCAGAAUGUCUGGGAAAGGGAGCAAAGGUGUGGCAGAGGACCUGGGGCCGGAGCCCACCCUGGGGAUGGAUCCCUUUGAGGACACGCUGCAGCGGCUGCGGGAGGCUUUUGCUGCGGGGCGCACACGGCCAGCCAAGUUCCGGGCUGCACAGCUCAGGAGCCUGAGCCGCUUCCUUCAGGACAACAAGCAGCUACUGCAGGAUGCACUGGCCCAGGACCUGUGCAAGUCGGCCUUUGAAGCAGACAUAUCGGAACUCAUUAUCUGCCAGAAUGAGGUGGACCUGGCCCUCAGGAACCUUCAGGCCUGGAUGAAGAACAAGCCGGCUGCCACCAAUGUGAUCACGAAACUGGACUCGGCCUUCAUCCGGAAGGAGCCCUUCGGCCUGGUGCUCAUCAUCGCCCCCUGGAACUACCCCCUGAACCUGACGCUGGUGCCCUUGGUGGGCGCCCUGGCUGCAGGGAACUGCGUGGUGCUGAAGCCAUCAGAAGUCAGCAAGGGCACAGAGAAGGUCCUGGCUGAGGUGCUGCCCCAGUACCUGGACCAGAGCUGCUUUGCUGUGGUGCUGGGUGGGCCCCAGGAGACCGGGAAGCUGCUGGAGCACAAGUUCGACUACAUCCUCUUCACAGGAAGCCCUCGUGUGGGCAGGAUCGUCAUGACCGCUGCCGCCAAGCAUCUGACACCCGUCACUCUGGAGCUGGGGGGUAAGAACCCCUGCUACGUGGACGACAACUGCGACCCACAGACAGUGGCCAACCGUGUGGCCUGGUUCCGCUACUUCAACGCUGGCCAGACCUGUGUGGCUCCUGACUACAUCCUGUGCAGCCCUGAAACGCAGGAGCGCCUGCUGCCCGCCCUGCAGAGCGCCAUCACCCGCUUCUAUGGCGAUGACCCCCAGAGCUCCCCAAACCUGGGCCGCAUCAUCAACCAGAAGCACUUCCAGCGGCUGCAGGCACUGCUGGGUUGUGGCCGUGUGGCUAUCGGUGGCCAGAGCGACGAGAGUGAGCGCUACAUUGCCCCCACGGUGCUCGUGGAUGUUCAGGAGACAGAGCCGGUGAUGCAGGAGGAGAUCUUUGGGCCCAUCCUGCCCAUCGUGAACGUGCGCAGCCUGGACAAGGCCAUCGACUUCAUCACCCGGCGGGAGAAGCCUCUGGCCCUGUACGCCUUCUCCAACAGCUGCCAGGUGGUGAACCAGAUGCUGGAUCGUACCAGCAGCGGAAAUUUCGCAGGCAACGAGGGCUUCAUCUACAUGUUGCUACCAUCCCUGCCGCUAGGGGGAGUGGGGAACAGCGGGAUGGGCAGGUACCACGGCAAGUUCUCCUUCGACACCUUCUCCCACCACCGCGCCUGCCUGCUCUCCCACCCAGGCCUGGAGAAGCUCAAUGACCUUCGCUACCCGCCUUACACCGACCGGAGCCAGCAGCUUUUGAGGUGGGCGGUGGGCUCCUGGACAUGCACCCUCCUGUGAGGCCCGGCGGGUCACGGCAGGGAGCCGGGGCGCUCUGGCCCACCCGCGUCCUCAUGGCUUCUCCAGACCCUAGAGUCUCGGGGCCUCAGGUUGCUGGGCCAGAGCCAUGUGAAGGGGGCUGAGAAGCAGGUUCUGGCUACUACCCUGGAGGGCUGCUCAAGGGAGGCCAAGAGGCCAUGAAAUGUGACAAGCGUCCCCAUCAGCCCACCCCAAUUCCAGCCUUUGCUCUCUCUGUCAUGGUCAUGGCUGACGGUCCCAGACACUGAACAAAGACAGGGCCCCAUCUGCUUCAACGCAGCAACACCAAUGGCUUAGAGAGCCUUGAGCCCCUGCUGGUCUCUGCUCGCUGCUCUGUCCUCCAGGGACCUCCCCACAGCCCAGAUGGUCUCUGUAGCACCCGUGGCUCACAGUGCCCCACACUUACCCACAGCAGCCCCUUCCACCCAGAAAGCUUGGGUCUGCAAUGCUUUUCUGCUGCAGCCCUGCUGGGUGACGGGUCCCUUGACUUCCUCAAGCCUCAAUUUCCCUAUGUGAAAGUUGCCAGAACGAAAAUGAGGUCACUUAUGUCAAAUCUAACAAAAUGGAGGCAGGGGAGGCUGUGAAGAAGGCUUCAGG